CCCUUCCAGCAGGCGGUGGGGUUUCAGUCAGGGGGGAGACUGACAGGUGGACCGUCCGUGAGCCCCGUCUAAUCUGGGAAAAAAGGACUUUUAGCGUCUUCCUUGGCCCUGGGAAGACCAUGGCUCUCUCCAGGAUCGGUCGAUUGUCUCUGCUGGCGAUUUUACUGCAAAUCGUGCUGAUUUGCUCGGCUCAGAGGGGCCCGGUCGGUCCCAGAGGCCCCCCGGGGCCGCCCGGACCAGCAGGCGUGCCCGGAGUGGACGGCAUUGAUGGCGACAGAGGAGAAGACUCCACAGUGACCGGCGGACCAGGCGCUGAUGGUGAUAACGGCAAAGACGGAGUUCCUGGAGCUGCAGGCCUUCCAGGCGCGGAUGGACCUGUUGGACCUCCUGGAGAUACAGGCCCAGUGGGCCCAAAAGGACCAAAAGGAGAUUCUGGGCCACGUGGGCCUGCUGGAGAGCCUGGUGAAGGACCUGAUGGGCUGGAUGGUCUUCCCGGUACAGACGGGCUACCAGGUGAACUGGGCAAAGUUGGAGCACCUGGAGCGAGAGGAAAGAGAGGUCAAGUGGGUCUUCCUGGUGUUGCUGGGCCGCGGGGUCCUCCAGGCGUGUAUCAAGGCGAGGACCUGUGUCCCAACGCCUGCCCUGCUGGUCUCAAUGGACAUCCCGGUCUCCCCGGCAUGAAAGGCCACAAAGGAGUUAAAGGUGAAUCUGGUGAGCCUGGAAGACAAGGACACAAGGGAGAGGAGGGUGAACAAGGGCCCCUGGGUGAAGUUGGAUCUCAAGGACUACCAGGCCCAGGUGGACCAAGAGGCCUCCAAGGAAUAAUUGGCUCCAAAGGCGACAGGGGACCUCGUGGGAAACCUGGUGAUGGAGGUCCUCAGGGAAUCCAGGGACAUCCAGGUGAUAUGGGUCAAAGAGGAGCCAUAGGUGAGCCCGGGCCAGCGGGAGUGCAGGGCAAUCGGGGUCCAUCUGGAAUCCGAGGAGUGCCAGGGCCAAAAGGAGAGCCUGGCCUCCCUGGUCCAGAUGGUCGUGAGGGAAUACCCGGGCUGCCAGGAUCAGCGGGUCUUUCAGGGAAAAAUGGGGCUCCAGGUGAUGCUGGCCUACAAGGACUUCCUGGUUUGCCAGGCGCUUAUGGCCAUAAAGGAGUCAGUGGUCCAGUGGGUAACACAGGUGAUCCAGGUGUUGUAGGAGUGAUGGGGUCUCCAGGGAAACAAGGCGAGCGUGGCGAGCAGGGAGAGGUGGGACCUGUCGGACCCAGAGGAGGACCAGGUGCAAGAGGAGAGAGAGGGCCUGACGGGCCUCUAGGAUCACCAGGACCCAGGGGAGUCAAAGGAGACCCGGGAUUUCCUGGACUUCCUGGCCCUGCUGGUUAUCGUGGGGAGAAGGGCGACAGGGGUGCAGUCGGUCUCAAUGGUCCAAAGGGAGACCAGGGAGGUGCAGGUGCCGAAGGAACACCAGGAGAUGCCGGAGACCUGGGUGAACAAGGAGAGCCAGGAGAGAAAGGAUCGACAGGCCCACCAGGAGAGACAGGAAAUAAAGGACCAGAGGGCGGCCGAGGACAGCAGGGGAAAGAGGGCAAGGCUGGCCAACCGGGACCACGCGGCAUGCAGGGUGACAUGGGCGUACCAGGCCUGCCGGGAACGCAGGGACCAGCGGGGAAAUCACCAACAGAUACACACAUUAAACAAGUCUGCAUGAGGGUAAUGCAAGAGCAGCUGGCCCAGCUAGCAGCUAGCCUGAGCAGGCCUGACUCAGGCAUCUCUGGGCUACAGGGUCCCCCCGGCCCACCUGGACCUCCAGGUCCCUCCGGAGAGAACGGUUUCCCCGGACACACCGGAUCACGAGGCCUUCCCGGUCUGAAGGGUCCAGCUGGGCUUAUGGGUCGCAAAGGACCCAAAGGUGACCAGGGCGACAAAGGGGACAGAGGACCCACAGCGAGAGGACCCAAAGGAGCACCAGGUGCCCCAGGUCUACCAGGUGAACCCGGUCGACCGGCUUACGGCCAAAACGGUCGUGACGGAGAAAGGGGACCCCGUGGUGUUCCCGGUCUAGUCGGCAUUCCCGGGCCCCCCGGGCCCGCCGGCAUGACUGGUUACUGUGAGUCGUCACAGUGCGUCCUGCCCAUGGUGGCGUUGCCGGUUUCUGCAAAGGACUCCAGCAUGAAGGGCCCCAGUGACAUGUGAAGAGGGCCCGAGCAGAAAACUGAGAGACUGGAAGAGAAACCAUCACUCCAUGGAAGAUCUGUCCAUGUAUGUUUUUUUGUUUGUUUUUAAUUUGGUGAGCUCAUUUGGAAAGUCAUUUUGGUCUCUUGAAGCCAUCUUUGUGGUUAGAAAUUGACAUGAAGGUGGACACUGAGCAGCAAACAUCAGCUUUUGAAACUCCUUUACAUAAAAAGUUUCAUUUUACCUCACUUUUUGCCAUCUCUGUACUAUCAAAUUAGAGGAAUUAAGAACUCACUGUGUUUGUGCAAACCCACAGUACCAGCCACGUUUCUAUCAAAGCAACAACAAGACGAGUCUGAAAGUUAUUCUGUAUGUUUAUGUAAAUGUGUCAAUAUGCAAAUUAUACAGCUGGAUGACGUACAUUUUGUUUGUGAGUAUCUUUGUUGUGUACCCACUUUAAUCCACCCCGCUGUGCCUUUUCCUCCAAAUGUAGGAUAUGUUUGAUAAUUUCAUGUCAUGACGACUGUUGUUUUUGUGAUUGGAAGGUGGCGAUGUGUGAAAACCUCUAUGACAGUUUUAUAUGACUUCUUAUUUAUUAUAUCAAGGUUCAAGGUGACAUCUUCGAGUUGUACAAAGGAGGAAAUAAACACAUUUUGAUAA